CGAAUUUAUACUUAUUUUGAAAUGUUUCGAAUGAAUUAAAGUAAAAGAUAUUCACACUUACAAGUUACACCGAUUACUAGAGAAAUUUAGAAGAUCUUCUGGAAAUUGGCGACCACUCACAAAGAAUUUUGCAAUUUGGCAUUUUGGCAAAUUUCAAUGGUUAUCUGAAUUUUGAAAGCACAUAUUCCGCAAUUUAUCAGGUCUUAUUGUUCCUUACUCCAUAGUCUCCAUUAUACAAGAUGUUGCCUAAAAGAUACUUAUCUGGGUGUGAAAAAGUAAACAAAAGAGAAGAGGAACUAAAAAAUGCACCACAAGGAGCUCUUGAUAAAUUUGUUUUUAGAGCAAUACCUUCUUAUGAUAAUUUGAAUAUAAAUGAAUCUUUACAUGAUGAUAUUGGUAAAAAUGUUAAUGUGGUUGAUGGUAUUAACGCUAAUGAAUUUUUGAAUAAUAAUGUUAAUGAAGAUGAUGUGAAUGCCAAUGAAAUUUUUAAUAAUAAUGUCAAUGAAGAUGAUGUGAAUGCUAAUGAAUUUUUGAAUGAUAAUGUCAAUGAAGAUGAUGAAAUUGAUAAUUUAAGUGAGCCUCUUAAUAUGCAAGAUAAUGUAAAAAUUGCCUCACCUAUGGAUUCUUAUGAUCCCAAAGAUUGGGAUAGUCUUGAUAAGAAAUCAAGAGACAUUAUUUUAGAAAAGGGACCUAUUAGAGAACUAAAUCUUAAUUUUUCUUUGAUGAUAAUGGUAGACAUUUUUCCUAUUCCUAUUUUUUCUGAAAAUUGAGUAAUGGUGAGGUUAGUGAUCGAAAAUGGUUAAUUUAUUCAAAAAGUGUUGACAAAGUGUUUUGUUUUUGUUGUAAAUUGUUUAAGUCCGCAAAUAAUAGAAGUUUGUUAGCAAAUGAGGGUUUACGUGAUUGGCAACAUAUUAACAUUAGACUCAAAAAGAACGUAUGAGACAAUUUUUUUUAGGAUAUUAUGUGCUAUAAAAUAUCUUGUUACACAUAACUUAGCUUUUAGAGGAUCCAAUGUCAAACUUUAUCAAGAUAGUAAUGGCAAUUUUUUGGGAUUGGUUGAAAUGAUGGCCGAAUUCGAUAUUGUACUGCAAGAUCAUGUUAGACGUAAUCAAAAUAAUGAUAUUCAUAAUCAUUACCUUGGGCCCAAAAUUCAAAAUGAGUUGAUUUCUCUUUUGACUCAAAAUGUUAAAGGUACAAUCGUUAAGAUCAUUAAGGAGGCUAAAUAUUAUUCUAUUAUUCUUGAUUGUACUUGUAACACCCCGGCCCCUCGGACCGCUGGUGACUACUCAUGGAGACUGUAGACUAGGCUCACAAACCAACACAAGUCUUUCCAGCGCACUUUGGCCACACUCGUGCGCACUCGGGAAAAUUUUCAGAACGUCACCCAUCCUAAAAUUGCUCCCCACCAAGCACGUUUAACUGUAGAGUUCUUAGCAAAUGGGUUCCCUAAAAAAGAAGAUGCACCUUGUUGAUAUGCGUAGUCUAUCAAUCCUUUUUUAAGCUAAAUACGAGUUAUUACACUCAACCCCUCUUAGGAAUACAACGUCCUCAUUGGAUAGUAAUUUCAGGAUCUUUUUCCCUCGCUAGGUGCACUGAACACACAAUCAGUCGCGGUCGCAGGGUUGCUCUGAUACCAUUUGUAACACCUCGGUCCCUCGGACCGCUGUGACAACUCAUGGAGACUGUAAAAUAGCCCCACAAACCAACACAAGUCUUUCCAGCGCACUUUGACCUCACUCGUGCGCACCCGGGAAAACUUCCCAAGAGGUCACCCAUCCUAAGAUUGCUCUCUACCAAGCACGCUUAACUGUAGAGUUCUUAGCAAAUGGGCUCCCUAGAAAAAAAAGAUGCACCUUGUUGAUAUGAUUAGUCUAUCAAUCCUUUUUCAAGCUAAAUACGAGUUAUUACAGUACUCCAGAUAUUAGUCAUAAAGAACAAAUGACUUUAAUGAUACGUUGUGUAAACAUGUCAAAUCUUAAGAUCAAGGAGUACUUUAUAGAAUUUUUGAAUGUUGAUGAUACUUCUGGUUUGGGACUUUUUAAUGUUUUACAAGAUGUCUUGAAAUCUCUUGAUCUUAAUAUGAAUAAUGUAAAAGGUCAAGCUAAUGACAAUGACUCAAAUAUGAAAGGAAAACAUCGAGGAGUUCAAAGUCAAUUUCUUGAAAUUAAUCCAAGGGCCUUAUACAUGCCUUGUGCUUGCCAUAGUUUGAACCUUAUUGUGAGUGAUAUGGGCCAUUCUUGUGAAAAAGCUAUCUCAUUUUUUGAAAUUGUUCAACAUGUAUAUUCUUUAUUUUUGAGCUUUAUAAAAAGAUGGGAUAUUUUACUUGAGAAUGUUCCUGGAUUAACUGUGAAGUCUUUGUGUAUUACUCGAUGGGAAAGUAGGAUAAAACGUAUUAAGGCUAUUAGAUUUCAAACUCUCCAAAUAAGAAAAGCUUUGUUAAAACUAUUUGAAUCUUGUAAAGAUGCAAAAUCAAAGAGUGAAGCUAAGAGUUUGGCUAAUGCACUUAAGAAAUUUGACUUUAUUCAUGGUAUGGUGAUUUGGUAUGAUAUUUUAUUUGUUGUGAAUUUGGUGCGUAAAAAAUUGCAAUCUAAGUCCAUUUGCAUUGACACUUGCAUACAACAAGUAAGAGGCAUAGUAAUGUCUUUCAGAAAUUAUAGGGAAGAAGGUUUUGCUACUAGUUUAGAAAUUACUAAAAGUAUUGCACUAGAAAUGGGUGUAGAGGCAAAUCAUCUUGCUAAACGUCGUAUAGUUAGAAAAAGACAAUUUGAUGAAAUUGGUGAGGGUGAACAAAUUCAAUCUCCAGAUGAUAUAUUUAGAAUUGAGUACUUUUUUAUAGUUGUAGACAUAGCAAUGUCUUCUUUGGAAACAAAAUUUGAGCAAUUGCAGACAUUUGAAAUAAUUUUGGAGCUUUGUUUAAUUCAAAUAGGUUGAAAGCAUUAAUAAUAAUGAAUUAAGAGACUUUUGUGCUAAUUUUCACUCCACAUUUUCUCAUGUUGAUUCGUCUGAUAUUGAUUUUGAUGAUUUUUAUUCUGAAUUAAAAGUGUUACAAAUGACACUACCAAAUGAGUCAAUGUCUAUUGUUGAUAUUCUUAAGUUUUUAAAGUAUGUGGAUUGCUAUCCAAAUGCUUUAAUUGCUUAUAGAAUUUUUUUAACUUUGCAUGUAACUAUGGCAUCAGCAGAAAGAAGUUUUUCUAAGCUAGAACUGAUUAAAAAGCUAUUUGAGGUCUACAAUGUCACAAGAGAGGUUGAAUGGUUUGGCCAUAUUAUCAAAUGAAAAAAAUUUAUUAGCGAAAAUUGAUACAGAUGUUAUUAUUAAUGAUUUUGCUUCUAGAAAUGUUCGUAGAAAUAAGUUUUUGUGAUUUUUUUGCUUUAUCAUUGUAGGUGAUGAUGAUACAAGGAGAUUUCUCUAGGAUUGAUGGAGUCGAUAAAGAUUGAAAGAAAAUGAUUAUAAUUUGCUUUACUGCUUGUUUUGAAGAUGCAAAGAGAUAGAGUGGCGCUUGACUCAGUUACUUUUCUAAGUGUUUUAUCCGCAUGCAGACAUGGUGGGUUGGUAGAAGAAGCAAGAAGAAUAUUUAAGUCCAUGCAUGACGAGUUCCAUCUUGAACCUAA